GGCCAGUAACAGUCUUGUACCGGUCUAAAUACCACACGGGGGCCGCGUCUCAUAUUUUACGCGAGCAUCGUAUUUUCUAAUCAGUUUUUUCCUGAAAAUUCACCGUAACUGUGUUAACCUGCUCGUGCCCGAAUUAAAAGUGCUUUUCAUAUCUUGUACUUAUUUUUAAAAAAAAAACAUAUUCAGGCGUUUGAGUAUUCCGCCCAGCUUAACGUAUUUUUGGCGGGAUUGUGCCGGUGCGCUCAUACUUUACCACGUGGGAUACCUACCCUUUAAUUGUGUCGGUGAAUGAGUGAAGAGAGAAUAUUCACGUCGCCUUUGCCCCGCCACUGAUUCUGUUCGAAAAUGAGUUGAUUUCUGGUGAUGAUGUGAUUUGAUCGUGUAUUCUAAAGUCAAAACCAAAGCUUUUUGUGAUAUUUGGGGGGAUUUUGUGUAUUAAUCUUAUUCUAUGAUGUGUAAACACGGCACGUUGGUCCUGAAAUUUGGAUUUAUUGUGGUCAUCUUACUUCAAUUAGCUUCCUUGACUGAAAGUUACUUAGUUUGUUACGAAUGCACAGUGCAUCCUCCGAGCUCUCACAGCAAUCAGACUGCUAGACUAUGUUCCAAAUUCGACGCCUCGGCCCAUUUCCAAGUCGAGUGCCCUUACUCAACUUUCUGCAUGAGGCGGUCCUUCAAGCUGGACCUUAAGGAUGGCAAAACGGUGAACGCAGUGGAGCGGGGCUGCGCCUCUCAGAAGUACCAGUAUCAGUCGUUCUACGACGGGAAAUGGCACGCGGAAGAGGCGGUGGAGGACAAGGUCUACCGACCGGGCUGCUACCCCGCGGAGCAGCUGGGGCUGAAGACCCCGACGACGGAGUACUGCUACUGCCCGACGAACCUCUGCAACAGCGCCAAAUCCACGCAGGAGUAUGGCACCGGCUUCCACCACACGGACACCAUGGCCGUCAUCAUAGUCUUCAACGCCGUCAAGUACAUCCGGAGCCUCAGAUAGCCUCCGGUCUAGAUCCUACCAAAGUCUUUCGGUCCUAGUUGACCACCGCACAGUGUUCAAAAUACAGUCCAAA